UUGACGCGCGCUCCAGUCAGUCGCCUCCGGUAGAAAAAGAGCGAGAGAAGUCUCGUGAAGUGGGCGGGUUGAACCGAGGACGCGCGUGGACGCCACCAGCGAGUCUUUGGGCAGACGUCGGCCAGAACGUCACGUUGAAGCAUCCCGAGUGUGCGUGUCUCACACCACGCAACAAGCUACCUGCGUACACGCGCAUCCCGGUCAAGUCCACCAUGAGGACGCACGUUUGGAUUUACCAGGCGCUGGUGUGCGCGCUGCUCAGCAUGCUGGAUGCAGGAGUCUGUCGAAAGAGCCGACAGUCUUUGCAGCGCUACGAAAAGUCUGAAAACCAGCUGCUGGUCUGCGCCGAUUGUCCGCAGUUGGCCGUGGUACGCAACAGCCGCUCGCAGGAGCACUGCGCCCGCAAGUGCAAGAAAGUCAAGAAGAACUUCAACUGCAGGGCCUUCAACUUCCACAAGCACAACAGGAAAUGCCACUUGCUUCCCUUCGACCGUUUCAGCCACGGCGCGCAGAAGCAGGCUCACGCCAAUUUCACGCUGUACGAAAAGAAAGAUUACAUACGGGAGUGCAUCAUGGGACCCAAGGACAACUACAGAGGGAGGAGGUCUUGGACCAAGUCUAACAUAACGUGUCAAGCCUGGUCUGAUAAUAACAUCAAUGAACACACGUUUUAUCCCGAUAGGUACCCGACCCAAGACCUAAGGGAGAACUUCUGCCGGAAUCCCAACAACGACCCCGGUGGUCCGUGGUGCUACACCACCGAUCCCAACGUGCGGGCUGAGGAGUGUGGCGUGCCGCAGUGUUCUGAGGACGUGUGCAUGACGUGCAACGGCGAGGAUUACCGGGGCAAAGUUGACCAAACCGAGAGUGGCAAAGAGUGCCAGAGAUGGGACUCCACCAGGCCCCACAAGCACACAUUCCAGCCUAAAAAGUACAGGGACAAAGGCUUAGCAGACAACUACUGUCGCAACCCGGACAAUCGCCUUCGUCCCUGGUGCUACACCAUGGAUCCCAAGACUCCCUGGGAGUACUGCAACAUCACCUUGUGUGAAUCCGACUCCAGCGAGGAUCCAGAUGUGAACGCGACGACAUUGUGCGUCCGGGGAAAAGGCAGAGAGUACCGCGGCACCAUGAAUGUGACUCCCGAGGGGGUGACGUGUCAGCGCUGGGAUUCGCAGUUCCCCCACCGGCACUCCUUUCUUCCCGUCAACUUCAAAUGCAAGGACCUGCGCGACAACUUCUGCCGCAACCCAGACGGAUCCGAUUACCCGUGGUGCUUCACCAGCGAGCCCAACCAGCGACGGGCCAACUGCACGCACAUCCCCAGGUGUGACGCCCAGGCUGCCAAGAAGACCGAGUGCUACGACAACGAUGGGGAGGCGUACCGGGGCACCUUAGCUGUCACUCGUUCGGGGAUUCCUUGCGCCAACUGGUCCCGUCACAUCAACAGCGGGGAUUCUCACUCUACACUAUCCCAUGUAGGGCUGGACAAGAACUACUGCCGGAACCCGGACCGGGACAAACACGGGCCCUGGUGCUAUACUGACCCAAACACCCGCCUGGCUUGGGACUACUGCAAACUGAAGCAGUGUGAUUCCACGCCUCCAAACGCGACACAAGCGCCACCCGGUCCGGCCCCGACCGUCCCCAAGAUAUCGUGCUUCGUCCACAUCACCACUCGCAUCGUUGGGGGCCACCGAGUGCGAGGAGCAGAUGGCAGCUCGGUCGUCAGCAUCCAAAGAGAAAAGAUCCAUUUGUGCGGAGGCUCUUUGAUCCGAGAAGAUUGGGUGUUGACUGACCAGCAGUGCUUCACAUCCUGCGUUCCCGACCUGAGGGAGUACAGCGUGCAGGUGGGCCUGCGCCACCUGAACGAGUCGUCCCAUCACCCCAGACUUGGAAUUUCUCGCCUUAUCUGCGGCCCGGAGGGAUCCAAUCUGGUCAUGCUGAAACUGGCCGAUCCCGCGCCCGUGUCCGAGGGCGCCGCCACCAUCCAUCUUCCCGUCAAAGAAUGCCAUAUUGCCGAGGGCACAAACUGCACCAUGUACGGAUGGGGGGAAACCAAAGAUCGGGAACGGGAGCAGGCGCUGAACGCGGUGACCAUGCCGAUGGUGGACGACGACAAGUGCUCCCGAAUCAAGGGCGACGCCGGACAGAGCAGGAUAUGUGCUGGAGGCAAGAGAGGGGAAGGCGUGUGCGAAAAAGACAACGGCGGUCCGCUGGUGUGCCGGGAGCAGGAGCGCCGAGUGGUGGUGGGCGUGAGCAUCCAGCGCACCAAGUGCGCGUCGUCACGACCGGCGCUCUUUGUCAACGUGGCGUUCUACUCGCAGUGGAUUUACAAAGUCUUCAAGCUUUACCCCAGCCCCGACACGAACUGACCGGGGGCAGGGGAAUAACUUAGAAGGAAAAAGUGUUUUUGUUUUUUUUUUCAGGGAAAAAAACAAAACAAUUGCAGACUACCAAAAUGGAAUCUCCACUAUGCAAAUGAAGAUUGUGUGAAGCAAACAUGACAAAGAAUUGUCUCCUGGAAUAUACUUGAAUAAUCCGACGGUGGCCAGCGGAGGACAAGAAGCUUCGGCGGAGGAAUGCUGCUUUCACGCUCGGAGGCCCGUGCCAAUGUUUGCGGCAUGAGCGAGCGGCGGCCCGCGCCAAGGCAAACACGCCUCCGCUUUCUGGAGGGAACCGCGGUGGCCCCUGGCGGGCCGUGUGUGGUCACUCGGAUAUUUUUCUCUUUCACGCAAAGUGAAGCCUUAUGUACAUAGAGCGGGACGGAUUUCAGGACACGAGUUUAUGGAUCUUAUAGAUCCCACUUCCCUUGCCAUCACUUCCCCUCGCCGCUAAUGAUGCUUGAUAUAUUUAAGAGAGAAGAGGUAGCUUUGCUGUAUUUAUUGUCGACUGCCGUCCAAAUGCUUUUGGAAUUUUCUGGCUUUUGCGCGGACAUUAAUUAAGACCAGAUGAGCACACAAAAAAGGAAUCCAGAGGCUGAUAGUUUGCUGGCUAAAUGAAGACGUUAUUGGCUGCAGAUAAUGUCAGUUGGAUGAUGAUGAUGAUUCUUUUUUUUUUUUGUUUAAUCGUGGACUAUAAAUUUCACAACAUCUGGACAAUGAAAGAAUAGGUCCAAUUAAUUAUGUCAUGAAACAUUUGAGGAAAUGGAGGGCAACAUGUCAGCGAUGCAAAAAGGAAUUCAGAACAUUUAAAUUAUUUUUUUUCUGAAGUGACUGUAGCAAACUCCACAUAUGAAACAUUUUUUUUCUCAUGUAUAUUUUUUACUCACUCCUAUUUAAUUGACCGACGUUGUACAUAGUCCAGUGUAAAUUUUUGUAAAUAUCACAUGGUAAUAUUUUUGAACUUCACAGCAACUGGCUGAAUCUAUUUUUUAUAAUGUCUAUCAAAGCUGCUACUUUUGUUUUUGUGUUCCGUUGUAUUAUUCCCAUUUCAAUUAAAAGAAAAAAAAACCGAAAACUUUGCAGUGAGAGACAAUCACCUCUGGCUGGCAUGAUUUAUGAUAUGACAUUAUUAAAUUUUGCAAAAUGACGCACAAUGGCUGAUCUUCAUAUUUCUAGGCAAUCGUGGCAAUACUAAUCUGAAUUUUUCAUCUGUUUGUUUUUUUUUUUUUUAAGGAAACUCCUGGAUGGCUGCAAGAAGUGAGGAAAAAUUGAAUUAGAGGUGGCGCUCCAGGUCAAGCCCAGGGCUUAUCUCGCGUGCUGUGACGAUAGCGGUUCAACAUGAGAGAGGUAAAGGGCAAGUCCGCUCUUGCGUCACGUGUCCUGGUGUCUUCGGGGUGCUGCUGGUGAAGCGGGGGCACCCUGGAGGGAUUGAUGGAGACGCACGUGGGACACCCGAAACCUAAUGACGGUUUUCACAACAAAGAUCGGAGGUUAGCGCCAAGGCUGUUCGUAGGGAGGAGGAGCUUCAUGCUAACGAACAAUGGGAAAUGCCAUCGACAGGCUAACAAUUAUAAAAACAAAUAAAUAAAUAAAGCAAGGAAUAUUUGAACAUAAAUAGUGCUUCAACACUAUUCAAUAUAACAGUACUCGCAGGCAUAUAUUCUUUAUCCUCUGUGAUGCAUGACUAAUAUUACUGCAGCUUAGUAGUUGGGAAACUCUUCUUCUGAUGUGUCUGAAUGAGUAUUAUUCUGCCCUCCAGUGGCCAUGUCGCGCACACCAGAAGGCAAUGAAGCCAUCUUGAUGCCGUGAUUACGGAAGUUAUAAAUCAUGGACAGUUUUAAGUCUUUGGUACAGAUGGUAGGAAAUCUGUGAUUUUUACUGUUCACUCUCUUUUUCAAGUCAUUGGUUGGAAUCGAAAAGCCACUGGCCACAUCUGAAGUCAUAUGUCAGUGUCAGCUGAUUUUAAAGUAACUACAAAAUGUUAACUAUGAUAUAUAUAUAUAUAUAUAUAAAACAUGUUCUAGAAGCCAUUGGCCAGAUUUGAGGUUAUUGAUUUUAAAAUAACCACCAUUUUCAAUAUGGUCUGACUUUUACAUUAGUCCAUGUUGUACAGAUCUUUGGCUGUAUUUUUUGAAGUCAGUUCAUUAGUCAGUUCCAUUUUCUUUUGACUGACCUCACCAUCGCGAAAUACAUUUUAAAAGGCCUCGACAAUUUUCCACGAGCCAAAGGCCUGGUUGUUAGAAGUCAAAGACUGCUUUUUGUUUCCGACUGCCAUCCGAAGAAUGCCCUUUUCCCUUAAAAUCCGACCCAAUCAUAUUUUGUUCCAAGGUUUGAAAUUCUGUCGACUGGCUUUCGUCGCACUCGAGUGAUGAACUGAACUAUACAAACCUGUGCAGCCGUUGGGGAACACCCGCGAUGCGCUGGAGUGCGACGCUGUGGUCAUCUGCCAGCACGAUAAACCGUAUAAAUGUCUCUCCGGUGUGCGUAAAAAUGUUGCUUCGAACUACCUGUGGAGUUUGGAUGCCUUCUCGCACUCCGGGAUGUACGGCAGCUGUGAGGGACAAACUACUUUAAGUACCCCCAACAUGUUUCCAAUUGGCAUUCAACAAACUUACUUAGUUGAAACUCUCUCCUCCACUUGGCCCUUCUGUUUGAGAACCACACCUUAUUUGUGGAGACGCACAGCGAGGUCAGUUUCAAAUGAGCGCCUGACUUGAACAUUUUCUUUUUCCUACCUUGAUGGUCUCCUCUGGCAAUCGGAUCCGGGCGGAGAGCUUCUCUCUGGUGUACACGUCGGCGUACUGGCUAUGGGAGAACUCUGCCGUACAAAUGCAUCACCUUCUUCCAACACUUUGCUCUGCUCCGGAGUGAAGGCGGUCCGGAUUCGCUGGUGGGAACCUUUGGGAUUGGCAGCAUCGGCGGCUACUUCUUCUGUGGUGUCGCACAAAGCUGGCGAUAUAUAAG